GCCGCCAUUUCGCCGAAUAAACAACGACCGGGAGGUUCUUCUGUGUGUUCUUUAACGUUUUCUCUUGGUUAGAUCGUGUAAUUAAAUAUUAAAAAUGUCAGAAGUCGAUUCAGUAAAUACUAAUAAUACCGCAAAUGAAGAAAAUAGUUCAAAUGAAAAAAAUACUAAAGGUAGAAAAUCCAAGUCCCCUAGGCUGUCUACAAUAGAAAGAGCAAGGGAGGAAAGUGAAGCCAUAACAAAGGGUUUGGGACCUGAAGUAGAGGGAAGACGUAGGACUAGGUCGGCAGCAAAAGGUGUUACAGCCACUCCACCGCCUCCAGCUAAAAAGGAGAGAAAAAGUUCAACGAGAGGGAGGAAAGGUAAAAAGAAUGCGGAGGAAAGCAGCGAUUCGCACGAUGAAAAAUCAGAAACGUCUGUGACCGAGAGUGAAGAACAAGCCAAAAGUAUUGAUGAAACUAAAAGUGAUGCCGACACAACUGAAAGUAAUUCUCAUGAUGAUAAAGAAGAAACGGGCAAUAAUAAUGCAGAAGUAACCGAUUCUAAAGAAACUCAAGAACCUACAGCUACCGAAAAUGGUGCUAAAGAGGAUAGUGUGGACGCGCCCGCAUCUGAAGAAGAUAAAAAGGAAGAAGAAAGCAAAAGUACGGCGGACGAGUCGGAGUCUGCAGCAAGUCACGAGGAAACGGAGGCGGAGAAACCGGCCGAAUAAGUACUUUUCUUUUCUUUUUUAAUUUUCCAACUUUAUUUUCAAUUUCAAUUUUUUCUAUUCAUUCAUUAAAUCUACUGUAGGUUUAAAAAAUGUUCAGAAUUGUUCAAGACCGAUUAUUUGACAAAAAAAGAAGUUAAACGAAAGUUUCAUACAUGUUUGAUUUUGUGUUUGGGAAGAAAAUAUUUGUUUGGACAUAGUAAUUUUCUAAUUCGUUUCAUUUAGUUUUGUAUGAGCUGCGCCAUGCAAGAUUGCGAGAUAAUUACUGUUAAUAUAUUCUUUAGGUUAGGAUCCCUCUUUUUUGUAUAUUUUUUAAUUUUUUGUUUCAAUUUGUUUUGAUGGCAAGUAGCAGAUAAUAAAAUAAAUCGUAGCAUUCGUCAUACCUACAGGAUUAUUUAAAAUUGAGUGAGUAGAUGCCUGAAGAAAGAAAGUACAUAUGGCGGCAGUAUGUACCUGAAUGCUGUCGACUUUUCAUUUGCUUGAAUAAAUAAUUAUAUAAUGAUUAAAAUAAAUUUCUUGAGCUAUAAAACCGAUACACGAUUGUUAUUAUCCAUGUUUUGUUGCUCGUGAAAUUGUUUGUUAUCUUUCAAUAAUAUUUCUUUUUAUUUUGAUGAAUAUUUUAUAGGAAAAAUAUUUUUGGUUCUUAUUAAUUAUUGUAAAUAAAGCAAAUGAAAAGUUUUAUACUAUUGAAAAUUGUAGAAAUAAUUACUACAACUUAUCUGUCAUAAAGCGACAGCAAUAUGUAUAUAAAAAAUUACAAUUGAUCGGAUAUAAAAUGCAACGUUUAAUCAACGUAGAUUUUCAUCUUAAAUAACGAUAUAUCACCGAUAAUUAAUUGAAAAAUGUUGUAUAGCAUUUUUUUCAAGUUCUUUCAACUAGAUAGAUAGAUCGAUUAAAAUAGUUUACUUUAUAUCCCACCAAUUAACUUGUAGGGAUGCUAUCAUCACAAAAAAAGUUUAAAAUUGUUUUGUAUAUUUUGUUUACAAGACUGUAGUUCCAAAUUUUGUAAUUAAGAUUAGGGAAUACCGAAUAGCUUUUGUGUAUAUACAUGCAAAAAGGAAUAAAAAAACUAAUGGUGUAUUCUAGGCCGAUGUUGAUUUAAAUGAAUUGAAACCGAUAGGUGUGACUAAGUCUACCUUCAUUUGCUUUAAAUAUGUUAAACAUAUUAAUCUGACAAUGUACAAAAUCUGUAAGAUGAAAAUGUGUAAAAUUUACAUUGAGAAUCGUACAUUUUACAGAUUCUGCAGCUUACAGGAACGUCAAGAUUCACAUCAUAUGUAUUAUCUGAAAUGUUGUUACUUUUAAUUUGAAAAGAAUUGUAGUCGCAAGCUCGGUUGUGCUUGAAUUUGUAAAAUAUACAGUUUGUUCUUUACGUUACUCAAAUCACACAAAAACUAAUACGAGGGUAAGGUGAAAAGUUCUCGGUCUGGCAAAGAAAGACUAUGGCGGAGAACAUUUCACCUUACCCUCGUAUUAAUAAAAAAAUGCUUCGUUUUUAUUGAAAUUAAACAAUAAUGACAAAUCUAAUUCGCAUAAAAUACACCGUAGUUUCCAGUAAACGUGCACACAAGCCGCCAAUAAAUCGACAAACAUUCAAAAUUAACUAUCUAAUCGCUCUUCAUUUUUUAUACAUCAAACUCAUCGUUUGUAUUUUCAUAAAAAUUAUGUAGUAUAUUUUACUUUUAUUAUAAACGUGAAAUAUUUGUCCUCAUUUUAUAUUUAUGUAAACUAAACUGUAUGGUUAAUAUAAAUGUGAAAUAAAUUUUCAUUAAUUAGA